AUGUCUACCGGCCAUGUGAACCCGCCGCCUCUGCCUGGAGCUAUUCCCAUGUCGAACUCCCUGGGCGCCGUCGACCCAUCCACCUUCUCUUCUAUCAACUCUAUCUCUAGUGAUUUUCUAGGCUUCCCGCUCUCCGACAACGACCAUUUGUGGGGAAUCGGCUCCAUCUCUCCAACUAUGGCGGGAGGCAGCUGGGAUUCCAAGAUCGACUCGGCCACUUUCGCUCAUGCCUCUCUUGAACGGGAUCUGAAAAACGCCCAGGUCCGCAACGGUCAGCCCACUCCACCUCCGUAUCAAGAUCAGCGCUCGCAACAGACUUCCAGUCCUGAGCUAGAGCCCGCUAGCAAGCGUCGCCGGGCACGAGAGUCGAGAGUUGCCGCCGCCAGUAUGAGUCCCGAUCUGGAUGACUAUCCUCGAGACGGCACCGACAAACGAGCCAAAUUCCUCGAGCGGAAUCGACUUGCCGCCAGUAAAUGCCGACAAAAGAAGAAAGAGCACACGCAGCAACUCGAACAACGAUACAAGGAGCAGUCUGAAAAGAAAGAGACACUCGUGGCCGAGAUCGCCCGACUGCGCUCCGAGAUACUCAAUCUCAAGAACGAAGUGCUCAAGCAUGCUCAAUGCGGAGACGAGCCGAUCAAACUCCAUCUUGCGCAGAUGGUGAAGAAGAUCACCGACCACGACGGCGCCUCGUCGAUAGGACUUGAGCAUGUGAUGCAGGGGUCCCAGCAGGCUCGAGCUUCGCCAGUAGAUCGAGCGUCAACGCCAGCAACGUCAGUCUCCACCGCAGCAUGUACAACAGCUCCACUGGCGGCGGUCUCCUCGGCACUGUCCUUUGGAUUUGAUGAUCCGCUGCAUGUCGAACCGGCUGCGGCCGCGUCGGUGAACCCCUUUGAGCAGCAAUUUCGGCGGGAUUCUGAAGCGACGAUGGUCUCGGAGUCCUCCCUUGCCUUUUCCGCCGAGGACAACUUUGACGAUUUGAUCAAUGUGUAA